UCAGGGCGUGCCCGUGCACGAGGGUUCAUGGACAUGGAAACGUCCCGGAUAGCGUUGCUAUCAUAGCAACAACAAAGGCUCACUCAGCAUGGCCGAUGAUUUGGAUGAAUUGCUGGACGAGGUGGAAUUAAAGUUCUGCCGCAAUGUUUCAGUGACAUCGCCGUCUCCUUCCGACAUUAAAGAGACCAAAAGAAAAACAGAGGGAAACAGCGGAACGUACUGUUCUACAAACCAAGUGGCACAUAAAAGCUUUGACGAGGAUGACAUUGAUUCUCUUCUUGAGGAUUUGCUUGAUGAUGGUGACCCCCUUGACUUGGAUAUGCCCAAAGCAACAAAGAGUGACUGUAAGAGUUCUCCGUCGCAGCCAGAAGGUAGAAGGUGCUGUCCAGUUUUUCUUGGGGGAAGUUCUGUGGCAAGUGGCGUUGGAACGAGUACUUCACAAAGGGCUUGCAGUCAGCUGAGAUGCACUUCCUGUGACUUCCGUGUGAUAUCGUUUGAUGAUCAGGAAUGGGACUCUUCCUGCAAUUACCUGUUUUUCAGAAACAACAUGCCCGACCGCAGGAAGCUGCAGGCCAAGCUGAGGAGGAAGAGGACCGCACGAGCCUACGCCUGCCAGUGCAGCUGGCGCUCCACACUCAGCCUCAACGACCUGAGGGACCAGCCCGACCUCAAGUGGGUCUGCGGGAAACACGAGGCCUAAGGGCUCUCAGCAGUGUCUGGGGGGUUAUUAUUUUUUAAAUAAUCAUUUUUUUAACCUUUAAUUGGCGUACAUCACUGAACUAAUGCGCAAAAAACACAUUCGCACACCUCUGUAAUGCCCCGUGAUGGGUUUGAAAGCAUGGGCAGUAUUUCCGUUCACAAGGUUGUUUUGUCCGGAAUCAAACCUUUGUCCAUGCCGACAAGUAAAAAAAGGUCUCGCAGGAGCAUUACAAGAGUGUGCAGACAAUUUUUGGUCCUGUACCUGUGGCAACUUUUCAAUGUAUAUGUGACACGUGUUGUUACAUUGCAUCACAAAUCAUGUCAGACAUUUUGUAUAAAACACCAAGACAGGUUUUUUUUUGUUUUGACAUAUAUGCAGGGUGAAUUCCAAAUUGUGUACUUUGUUGCUGUGCCACAUGAGCACUGCUGCUGUAAAGGCAGUGUGACCCGUUGGCAGUGUGAAUCAUUGGUCAAGGCCGGACCAGGCUUGCCCUAGCUCUGUUGAUGCAUUAAGUCAAUGCUAGCUGUCGGAUUUGGGGCCCUUCUGAUUGGCCAGGGUCAUUGCGACCCCCCUCUGUUUUUUUUCAGUGGGAAGCUUGAGAUGGAGAAUUUUGAAACGGACUGCAACUUCUCGUGGUCACGCUGCCCCCAAAUUUCACCGCUUGGCCUCUUGCCGUAAUAUUGUGUAACUACAAGGGCUCCAGUUCUCUCCAUUGUUGUUUUUGUGGUCAGCUGCUGGUCAACUGCCUAUCUGCCUCUGACAAAUAGCUAACCAGUUUUAGAAGCAGAUGACCGCGGCCUGUGAGAAUGGUUCCUUAGGUGGGAACCUGACGAUCCUGCACAUGCUUUCCUACAUUCAAUCAGAUGCACUUCACCAUUUUAAUGGCAUAUGCAAUUUAAUCAAACCAAACUGUUUUUUUUGUUUUUGUUUUUGUUUUUUCUCCCUUCUUUUCUCUCCUCCCUCCCCAAUUAUAUACUAAUUAAGACUCAAAUCUCAGGAAAAGAAACAUGAAGCAGCAUGUAUUUUUCUUAAAGGUCAAUUGAGCUUUGAAAAUAAUCUGUUUGUCCCCAACUUUACCAUUCUCCCCGUUUUAUAAAAUAAUAAAUAUAUCAUAAUCAAAGAUGUAAAAAAAUACUAUUCAUAAUUGAUCUGUGCAACAUUUUAUGAAUAGAGCAGUUGGUUUUUAUUUCCUACUUCCAACUUUAAUGUUUGAGGUAUAUGGUAUAUAGAAUUUGUUUGUUUUUUGUGGAAUAAUAAAUAGGAGGGAAAAGCAUUGCUAUGUGAAAAUAAGUUGUACAGAGUAAGAGAUAUUUCAAUUGCUAACAUUAGAAUUUACCAUUAAAUGUCAUUGGGUGAGUAUUCCGCAUAAUUCAUCAGUAAUUCAAGUAUUUUGUGAAGUUCAAUGCAGGCAUCACAUACACGUAAUGUAGCUUGUGUCUAGAACUUAAACUGUUAUCAUUUCCUCCUGAAGAAUACCACACAUCAACCGUGCUGUUUGAAAAUUAAAAAUCAGUUGUUUGUUAGUGGAGUACUAUUCAUGGUUUGGGGCAGUGCCUUUUUAUUCCUGAAUAUAAGUUGCUUGCCUGGUUGUUAUAUAACAUAAAAGCAAAACAGGCUAUUCAAAGGACUGGAAGUUACUAGAAUGUUUCCAAAUAAUACUGCAACAAUAAUACAACUUGCAGGUUUAGUUUUUUUCCUGCCAAACUAACUUUAAAAAAACAACUGGUAGCUACUGCAACAAGAGAAACAUAUAAAACCAAAAUAUGUGUUUUAUGUUGUCUUUUCAUACCUGUAUGAUAUAGCGUCUCUCAGCCUCGUUUGCAUGGGUCCAAAUACAAAAUAAUAUACCCAUUACUGUUGUAAUUACCACAGCAAGAACAGAUCCACAACCUUUUUUAAUUGCAUUACCAGGAUGGUAGUAGGUCAUUUCGAAGCAGGAAGAUUCCUUUACAACUUUCUGUUUCCCAUCAUUUGAUAUCUUAUUAAUAUUUUGCAACGGGAAUGUAAACCGAAAGCUGGAUUUGACUAGAAAUGUGGAACCAGAAACAAAUUAUACUAAAGCAGGAAAAGGCGGGUAUCUUUACUAGCGUCUCUCAAUCAGAUUUUCUUACAGUGCAGUCCGCAUAUGUUUGGACAGUUGGUACAAUUUCUGUUCUUUUGGCUCUCUAGUCCAGCACAUUGAUUUGAAAUGAAACCAUGAAUGUAAGGUUAAAGUGCAGACUGUUCACUUUAAUUUGAGGGAAUUUACAUCCAAAUCGGGUGAUCACCAAAAGUAAUUGUCAAUUCUCAGCUGAAUAGUCAGGUGUAUUUAUUCGCUUCCUUAGUGCAGGUAUAAGAAAGCUUUCAGUAUCUUGAUUCUAGGUUAUUGGUGUUUGUCAACAUGAUUUGUGCCAGUGACAGUCAAGGAAUGUGAUUCCUACACACAUCACCCAAUAUGGAUGUAAAUUCCCUCAAAUUAAAGGGGACAGUCUGCACUUUUACCUCACAUUCAUGGUUUCAUUUCAAAUCCAAAGAGCUGGACUACAGAGCCAAAAGAACAGAAAUUGUACCAAAUGUCAAAAUACAUAUGGACUGCACUGAGGGCAUUUUACAUAGGCUUUGUCACAAUAAGCUUCAGAGUUUACCUUGGCCUGAUCCCCAUAGGGCCAGAGGCAGCAGUGGCAAGGAAAAACUCCUUGGCAGACAUUUAGGAAGAAUCCUUGGAAGGAACCAGACUCGGUAGGGGGGGCAUCCAUCCUCAUUGGCAAGAAGCUGUAAUUUCCACUGCUAGAUCUCCACACGGCAGGCAAAACGGACAAAACUAACAUAAGGUGCCAAAUUAAUCUGGGAAGGUUAAUUUUGGUUUGAUUGAACUGCAGAUGCCCUUGAACAGGGUAAUGUGAUUGGAUCCAGGUGUGAGUCUGGGCUAAGUCUGGUCUUGAAUGAGAAACUUUCAACAGGAUUCUUCUGAAAGUAGCAUUAGUGGACAAUAGGGAAAAUAUUCCCCUUUAGUCUUAAUGAAAAGUAACGCUCUUGUGAUGAGGACAUUGACUCUUAAUUAAAUGGCGAUCAGCAAAAUGACCCCUCAAACUGAAGCAAAAGAUAAUAAAAUUUUAAUAGCAAGACAAAGUUGAAAACAGUUGAAUCCCGACCUUUUGAAUCAGUGCUGCCAUUAAAAAUCACAUUCUCAGUCUGGUAGCCAAGUUAUCCCUUAGUGUAUUUGGCUGUCUGGGUUCUUGUUGGCAUCAAUCAUUUGUAUGAGGUGGAUGGCAGUUCUAUACACGCAGCUUUACCGCAGAUAAAAAUGCAGUGGUGUGAAAGGUAUAAGAGAUUUGUUAUUCAUUAUUCAUUAUUUGUAUUACAUUUUUUUCACAAAUAUUUAUUUUUCAGAAAAUGGUGAAAUGAUUUCCUGCCCUUCAAAGAAUGGGUUGGUAUUUUCUGACAGAAAUAUGUAAAAUAUUUGUACAUUUGUAUUGCAUAUUGCUUUGAUGUAUGUCUGAUCGGAAUUCAUAUCCGAUGGCUGUGUGAAUAACCAUGUCAGGAUGGGCACCAAAAUUAGUUUGAACUGUACAAAAUGUAUUUACAGUGUCAGUUUCUUUACAGUGUAUAAAUUGUGUAAAAUCAAAUAAAUAAAGCAUUCCUUUUGUCA